AUGCCGAGGAAGGCGCAACCUACCGAGGCUCAGCUUCGCGAGAGGCGCCCGGCCACCAUGGCCGAGCAGGUGGCCGGCACCGACACGACCUGGACAUACGCUGUGACGGGCACGACAGUACCGGACCACCUCAACAAGGCUCAGCGCAGCUGGGCAUGCAUGGUCGGCAGCACCAUGUUCUGGCUCAACAAGCUCGCCGACGAGUUUGGGCGCAUGAUGGUGACGCGCAGAUUCUGGCCCACCAACCUGCCGAAGUCGCUGAAGGUCGUGCCCCAGGCCUACUAUACUUGUUGGCAUCCCCCGAUCAGCGUCGACUACGGCUGCAAUGGAUAUGGUGCCUGGUGGGUCUGCUCGGGCUGUACCAUGCGAGUUGGUUACCUCGACAAGAAGCCAGACAAGACGAAGAAGGAGCCAGACGUGACAUGUCUGUGCAAGCGCAGGACUGCGGCGUGCUCGCUCUGUGGGCGGGGUUUCGCUCAACAGAAGGGCGCAGACCCAGAAUGGCGGGCUCUAGUGGCCGCUCCAGCGCCGCCGCCCGGCACUCGCGGGGUCACGCCCGCUGGAGUGCCACCGCCAUGGCCAGCCCAGGCCGAGUCGGGAGCCGCUCAGCACUACACCCGAGCGAGCGAGGCCGACCGGGCGGACUGGGUGAUGAGCGAGGCGGAGGGCGACCUGCGUCGCAAGAAGCAGCUCCAACGACAGGAGGUCGCAGCGGCAGCGGCAGCGUCAGGGCCAGCUACUCCUCGGGAGCCGCGCAGUCGGAAGCCAGAGAACGGCGAGGAUCUCUCAGAGGUGAUGCAGAUGUUGAGGGACAUGAGCGCCAAGCAGGAGGCACAGCAUAACGCGAUCAGCCAGCUGACGAAGGUGACAUCCGGCCAGAUGCACGCGAUGGCGCUGCUCCAGUCCCAGAUGCAGGCCCAGAGCCCGGUCAAGGAGCAGUCCUCGAUCAAGGAGCAGCAGUCGAAGUCACCGGGACAAUCGUCGCAGCAGCCAGGAUCGAAGCAGGAGAUGCAGCCAGGACACCAGACGUCGAUAGCUACGACCCCACAUCUUGCAACGCAGCAGGUUCCACCAGAGGCGUCCUUCCAGAUGAUCACGACCGCGCCGUUGGUUGCCGCCUACCCGAGCUACGCGGCAGCACCACCCUUGCAGGAGCCGCAGGGACAGGCGAAAGGUCACGGCAAGGGCCCGGACAACCCGACGGGCCUGAUGGACCAGAGGGGCAACCUGUUGUCUUCUACCACGAUCAGCAGUAUCGAUCUCCCAGGAUCGGCCUUGCCUUCACAACAGUUGGCAGCGGCAGCUCCGCAGAAGCGACCUUCUCACCUUUCGAGGCCCUCUGCCGAGCACGGAGAUCCCUGGAAGGAGUCGCCCGAGGAGAAGCAGGCGCGGGACCAGCGCCGGAAGGACGCGGAGGAGGCGGCCAAGCGCGACAAGGACCGUCUGGCGCGGGAUGGCUGGACGGCAGCGGGGUGGAAGUCGUGGGACGGCUGGAACAGCGGCGACCAGAGGUGGGACAAGGGCGGCCAGAAGCGGUAG